AAUAAUAAAUUCACCAAAGCAGCGUUACUGAUCAGCAUUUUCCUCACCGACAACCUAAAGGCAGCAAUGAGUCUCUCUGACAAAGACAAGGCCGCGGUGAAGGCUCUCUGGGCCAAAGCCGAAGUGAAGAGCAACGAAAUAGGCGCUGAAGCUUUGGGCAGGAUGCUUGUUUCCUACCCACAAACGAAGACCUACUUCGCACACUGGGGAGAUCUGAGGCCUCAAUCUGCCAAAGUGAAGAAGCAUGGUGCCACUAUCAUGGCAGCUUUGGGAAAAGCUGUCAAAGGCAUCGAUGAUCUCACUGGUACUUUGAGCGCCCUCAGUGAACUUCAUGCCUUCACGCUCCGGGUGGAUCCUGCCAACUUUAAGAUCCUGGGGCACAACAUCAUCUUGGUCUUGGCCAUGUUCUUCCCUGCAGAUUUCACUCCUGAGGUUCACGUUUCCGUGGAAAAGUUUCUGCAGAACGUGGCCUGGGCCCUGUCUGAGAAGUACCGCUAAAGUCCCUCCAGCCAGAGGCACUGAUUGGGAGCAAGGAGCUUGCCAUCCCACAAUCUCAACACCCUUUUAGACAUGUGGAGACAUGUUCAAUAAAACAAUACAUCUGA